GCCCCUCCCGGGGGCGGGCCCAGCCGCCGUCGGUGCCACCCGCGGGUGACAGAGCCGCGCGCGGAGCCGGCCCCGGUGACACGGGGACACCGAGGGGACACUCCGCCACCCCCAGAGGCCACCGGGGGCCACCAUGGGCCAGCAGGGGCCAGCAGGCGGCGCCCCCCGGCCCGCCGGGAGCGGAGGAGCGCUCCGCCCAGGCCACCUUUGUCGCGUGGCGCCGCUACCGCCAGGCCUGCGAGCUGCACCUGCGCCUGGCCCCGCCCCCGCCAGGACCCGUGUGCAACCGCAGCUUCGACCUGUACGCGUGCUGGGGGGACGCUGUCCCCAACAGCACGGCCACUGUCCCCUGCCCCUGGUACCUGCCCUGGCACCACCGAGUGCAGGGCGGCGUGGUGGCGCGGGGACAGCCCGGGGACAGCGCGGGGACAGCGCGGGGACAGCGCGGUGACAGCCCGGUGACAGCCCGGGGACAGUGCAGGGCGGCGUGGUGGCGCGGGGACAGCCCGGGGACAGUGCGGAAGAAGGGCGAGGCGCGCGCCCCCGCCUUGAUGCGCGCGGCCAGCGGGCGGCUCAGCUGGCGCGCGCCCAGCGUCAGCAGCUUGGCCAGCGGGAACGCGCCCGCCACCAUCCUCGGCCCCGGGGGCGCGCGCAGAUGA